UAUAUGUGAUGUGCUAUAACCCUGAUGUUUGAUAAUGGGACUACAGAUAAAAUUUAGUUUUAAGCUUACUCUGGUGCAAUGCAGCAAAUGGUAGCACUUAAGUUUAUUAUUGUACGUGGUCCUUUUGCCUUUUAAAAUGUAAUCAAUUUAAUGAAAUCAAAGCAAAUCAUGCGGUUUUGUAAGUGCUGUGAGUUAUACCGCCAGUGUCCGCCAGGCGGCAGCACGUAGAAACUGACGAUGCUGUACUAGUCAACUGCUUCCGGUGCGUGCCUCAGCGCUGGUGUAAACAAAUAAUAUGAGCAUGGAGUUAGCGUUUGUUUUGUAACUUCGUCUUACUUGAGGUACUCCGUGGCUGUACACAAGUCUUUACACUGUUCCAGUCUUUAUUCCGAAACACCUUCUAUCAAUCUCCAUUCGGCCAUGUUUGCCCUCCGGACAGCCGCUCUCAGCUGCAGAGCUCUGACCGCACUGCACUGCCUGCCCUCCGGCUACAUUGCAUCCAGAAUGGCUGCUUCAUACAUCCAGGGCCAGAGCCCAGAACCACGUAUCCGGGAGUACUUUUACUUCAUCGACCAUCAAGGACAGCUUUUCCUCGAUGACACCAAAGUGAAGAACUUCGUCACCUGCUUCAAAGAUAAGCAGUUCCUGGUCUUCUUCUUCAGUCGACUGAGAUCAAAUCAGAGCGGUCGUUAUGAGGAAGACUUCCCCUUCUUGUCUCUAUGUGGCAGGGAGAGAAAUUUUGUGCGCUGUGACGACCGUCCUAUUGUUUUCACCCACCUACUACAGAGUCCAGAUCAGGAGCUGCUCUCAUAUUGUGGCGGGGCAGAGAAGCUGACUGCCCCAUUUCGCCCAGAGGCUCUCUUCAUGCAUCCUUUCACCGGACGAGUUUACCACCCCUGCUCAGAGCGUGGAGGAGGGGUCGGUCUGGUCAGGUCGGCACUGGCCAUCGAACUCAGUCCGUUUUUUGUUUAUGAUUCGGAGCAGGGCCAAUCAGGAGAGCCCACACACUUUCUCUGGGGAGGACAGAAGCACAAACUGAGCAAUGAGCUCGCAGGACUUUUACCCACCACGGAGGAAGGGAGCGGUCAGCAGGGAGAGCUGGGAUAAUGACUUAAAGGUGCAGUGUGUAAAACUGAAUAUCAACAUCUAGAAGUGGGUUCUAGAUUGCAUUUCUCUGCUGGAAACUGUGGCAACCAGUUGAAUUUAAUGUGUAUC